GUAGUGUUUGAUGGUGUGUGGUAUUAUGUGCAUAUAAUACUUCAUCUGCCUAGGAAGAGAUUUGAAUCUUUUGAUCAUUUUACAUUGCAUAUUUCACUUGAACUUACCAAUUCUAAGCAAUCGGAUUUGUCGCCACACAGCAUACUAUUUUUCUUAAGUCGAUCAUACACACCAGUGGUACUGUGAAUCAUGUCUGUACAAUGGGAGGUGACAUCUUUGAGUAUACGCACAAGUGAGGCCGGUACUUCUCUAUUUGCGAAUGGCCAGAUGCAGGUAGCUGCGAACGUCUUGAUCAAGGCAAUAAAUCCAGUCAACUACAAUCCAUACAUGUUGACAGCGGCAGAGCUAGCGAAAAUUGACCUAGUUGACUAUUACAACACUGACGAGAAGCUCACCGGCCCUUGGAGGUUUACCUCUGUUGAGAAUGAAUUUUCACACACAAUGCCUCCAGGUACCGGAUUUGUCGCCAACGUUGAAGAUCCUCCUACACAGCCAUUGAUGGCGGACCAAAGUAAACGAUAUUGGGUCAGCACAACAAAAGCUGAAGUCAAGAGCGUUGGAGCACGCAUUGCCCAACCGAACGGCAAAGUGAUCACAACCCGCAGUCCAGAAAACGACUCUUACAUUGCUUUUCGGGGCUACCAGGAAAUCCGGUAUUCUUUAUCCAAUUCCGAAUGGUGGAGAGAAGAUACCGCCAAUGGUAGCGGCUGGGAUCAGGACAACUAUUUCCUCAGAAGCAGGGUUCACCCGUUCAUCAGAGCCGACCGCAGUGGCUAUAGAAAUGACAGUUUUGCCGUAGUGGGAAUGCGCAACAGCGUUGCAUAUCAUCGUGCAGGUCCAGACUUACACUACAUGUGGCCUAUGGGGGCAAGGGCAACUGUAAACGCUGGAUUGACGCACUACGCCGAUGGAAGGGUGCACCCAAAGGCUUGGUCAAAAAAUAUUGUUAUCAGACAGCAUGCAAAUUCUCUAUGUCUUACUCGCUUGAAGACGUCCGGUCCACUUGGCAUUUGGGAACUUGGUUGGUGGUUUUAUCCUACGGCCACAAUGUACGACCAGUAUGGUAAUUCAGGCAUGUUUGAAUUCGGGGUUAAUGAAUACAACACAAUAUCCGUUCACAACCGCGGCACGAAAUCUUCCCCUCCGUCCGAUACUCCCCAUUAUGAAGACGAGAAGACUACUCCAGGUGCGGAAGUCGAUGAGGGCGAAUCAUAAGUUCUCAGACCGUCAAUAGAUUAACCUUGUCUGAGUCUUCUGGGGAAGGCUAUGGAGGUAUUGCUGUUGAGAUUUCAACAGAUCUUGGUAUUAUUUUGCUCGUUUUAAUCUUAGUACAGCAACUCGCUUGCUCACGUUCAUUCAACCAAAUAUAUAAUGUUUCUCGACUUUUUCUCUGUGUCUUAGGCUUGAAUUUGGACGCUGCUGCUUCUCCGGGUUGGACGUCUGCCUCCAUUCUCUAUCCAAAAAAUGGGCACAUCUCAUGGACUCAGAUAGCUUUCAAUGAAUCAAUCAUUACUCAUCGACUGGCGUGCGUUGUCCUGUGCUUUAUUUGACCUGAAGACUACAACACAUGCAUCGAAAUGAAGAUCAUGUGACCAUAUGAGAGCUACUAGCUAGGCCUCGAACACCUUAUACUUAGUGCUAGCUUUGCAUAGCCUUUAAUAACAGCAAAGGUUAU